AUGCCCAAAGGUUACUGUUGGGAUUUGGGAUUUACCAUGCAUAAUCAUGAGUCUAUACUGCCCUCUGCUAUUAAUAACUACACUGGCCCUCCAUACAUCCCUAUACUGCCCUCUGCUGUUAAUAACUACACUGGCCCUCCAUACAUCUCUAUACUGCCCUCUGCUGUUAAUAACUGCACUGGCCCUCCAUACAUCCCUAUACUGCCCUCUGCUGUUAAUAACUACACUGGCCCUCCAUACAUCCCUAUACUGCCCUCUGCUGUUAAUAACUACACUGGCCCUCCAUACAUCCCUAUACUGCCCUCUGCUGUUAAUAACUACACUGGCCCUCCAUACAUCUCUAUACUGCCCUCUGCUGUUAAUAACUACACUGGCCCUCCAUACAUCCCUAUACUGCCCUCUGCUGUUAAUAACUACACUGACCCUCCAUACAUCUCUAUACUGCCCUCUGCUGUUAAUAACUACACUGGCCCUCCAUACAUCCCUAUACUGCCCUCUGCUGUUAAUAACUACACUGACCCUCCAUACAUCUCUAUACUGCCCCCUGCUGUUAACAACUACACUGGCCCUCCAUACAUCCCUAUACUGCCCUCUGCUGUUAAUAACUACACUGACCCUCCAUACAUCUCUAUACUGCCCUCUGCUGUUAAUAACUACACUGACCCUCCAUACAUCUCUAUACUGCCCUCUGCUGUUAAUAACUACACUGGCCCUCCAUACAUCCCUAUACUGCCCUCUGCUGUUAAUAACUACACUGGCCCUCCAUACAUCCCUAUACUGCCCUCUGCUGUUAAUAACUACACUGGCCCUCCAUACAUCCCUAUACUGCCCUCUGCUGUUAAUAACUACACUGACCCUGUAUACAUCCCUAUACUGCCCUCUGCUGUUAAUAACUACACUGGCCCUCCAUACAUCUCUAUACUGCCCUCUGCUGUUAAUAACUACACUGACUCUAGCUGUUGGUGUGUGAUGGAGGAGCUGCAGCAGAUGCAGACGGAGACUCGACCGUGA